UUCGGUUAUCUCUUUCAUUCGCAUAAGUCAGUUCGUUACUUCUUAAUUUCUGAAAAAGGAAUUUUUAUUUGUGAUUUGUCCUUUUUACAAUUCAGAAGGUCAGAAUAAUGGAUUUAAAAAAUAAAACAAUUCUUGUAACAGGUGCAGGACAAGGUAUAGGAAAUGCUAUAUGCAAAUCUCUUUAUGAUCUGGAAGUUAAUGUUAUUGCGGUUUCAAGAACUUUGCAAAACCUGGAGCUUUUAAAACAAGAGUGUCCUAAAAUACAAGUUAUACAAGUUGACUUAAACGAUUGGAAUGGAACUAGAGACGCAUUGUGCAACGUUAAUUCGCUUGAUGGUUUAGUCAAUAACGCAGGUGUUGCAUAUAUAAAACCCUUUUCUGAGUUGACGGAAGAAGAUUUCGACAACACAUUCAAUGUUAAUAUAAAAGCAGUUUUCAAUGUAACUCAGACUUUAUUACCAAGCUUAAAAAACGGGUCAAGUAUAGUGAACGUGUCAUCUCUUGCUUCAAGCCGUUCAUUUUUUGGACAUUCUGCUUACAGCGCAACAAAAGCUGCACUCGAUUCAUUAACUAAAAGCCUAGCUUUAGAAUUGGGCGAACGUAAAAUUCGAGUAAAUUCUGUGAAUCCAACUGUAAUAAUGACUGAGAUGGGAAAGGCUAAUUGGAGUUCACCAAGUAAAGCAAAUCCAGUUCUUAAUCAUAUACCACUCAAACGAUUUGGAGAAGUAAAUGAAGUUGUCAAUAGUGUAAUUUUUUUGCUAAGUGAUAAAUCAAGUUAUAUAAAUGGUCACCAUUUAUUACUAGAAGGUGGAUACUGCGUAUCAUAAAAACAAACAAUUCCAAAACAUUUUAAAA